AUAAAUCAUUUAAUAAUGAUGAUGCUAUGUUUGAUAACAUAAUCCUACUUAUAUCUGGAUUAAAAAACGGUACUUCCAAAGGGAAUUCAAUGCAUGUUAAGAAUUUCAAAUACAUUAUCCUUCAACUUGAUCAAAUUGAAGAACACCUAAGUGACCUAUCAAAAAAGAUUAAAUUCUCUGAAAAAUGUUUCACCAUUAUCGAUAAAGCCUUGCAUAUUAAGAUCAUUACACUCUUAGAUGCCACCAUACACAAUAAAAGCUCUUCUAGUAGAAUACAGCCUUGCUAA